AUGGGCCGCCUGCGAUACGGCGUCGCCACGACGCUCGACGGCUUCAUCGCCUCCCCCGACGGCUCGGCCGCCUGGAUCGUCGAGGACGCAAGCAUCGACUUCGACGCCCUCUUCGCUGAGCACGCCGCCUUCGUCAUGGGCCGCAAGACGUACGAGGUGAUGCUCUCAUUCGGCGGGCCGGAGAACAAACUCGCCGGCCGGCCCAAGGAGAGCGUCGUGGUCGUCAGCGACGAGAUGAAGCAGGCCGACUACCCGCACAUCACCGUCGUGCCGGGCGCGAGCUGCCUCGACGCCGUGCGCGCACUCAAAGCCUCCGUCGAGGGGGAUGUCUGGCUCAUGGGCGGCGGGAUGCUGGCCGGGCCGUGUCUCGAGGCUGGGCUGAUGGACACGGUAGAGGCGGCCAUCAUGCCCGUCGUGCUGGGCGACGGCAUCAAGAUGCUGGCGACGGUGAGGGGCAGCAGCGGGGCUUACAGGCUACAGCUUCAGCACCUGGAGCGCCUGGAGCACAGCGGCAUCAUUCUCACAAAGUACGCCGUCGUCACCGGUCCGGUGAAGGAAACUGGAGGUGACUGA